GAUCUAAACAAAGGAAACGUCAGCCUCUCUGUCCCUCUCGUCUCCCUAUCCGCCGCCACCGCAUCUGCCUGCCCUCGGGCGCUCGUCUGGUUGCCCCGGCCGCGGGCUGCCCGUCAGGCCGUCACCCGACUCCUCCGACACCGGCGCGCCGCCCGUCGCCGUCCUCCCCACCUUACCCCGCGCCGCCACUAUCCCGCUCGUGGAAAUGGCGUCCGAACCCCCACCAGGCUCCACCGGCGGAGCGCACCGGACCCCGCCGGCGCCCUCCGCUCCGGCCACCCCCCGCGUCCCCUACGAGCAGCAAAGUGUCGUGCUCGUCGACUGGUGGCUGGAGCGCGAGGAGGGCAAGGUCCUCGUCGUCGGUACCCCCCACGGCCCACAGAUGAGGAAAGGAGCAUCAUCCUCGAAGGCAGGCCGAGUAUUCAGAUCCGCCAUUGCGAAGCGCCAUGAUGACACCACGAUCGAGACUGAGGAUGGUUGCAGCGUACUGAUUGGCCGUAUCUUGAACAUUAACCGAACACGGGACAAUGGAUUUUCUCAAGAGGUGUGUGAAUGCUUCGAGUUUGGCUUUCCGCCUCAAUGGCUUAAGCUUCUUUAUCCAAACAUGGAGCAGCAGAAUGAACAAUCAAAAUCAGAAUCUACUGCAAAUGCACCAAGGCAUUCAGUUGAAUAUUACAUGAAGAAGUUGUCAAUGGGAUUUGAUUUCUACUCAUCCACAGGGUGUACCAGCAAUACAGAUGGACCCGCUACCCAAAGCCUUUCAGACUUACCAGAUGGUAAUGCAGGCAACAUGGCUGCAUCUUUGGGAUUAUAUGGCGGCACAAGAAACAUGCCUGAAAAACCAUUGACACCACCUGGAGAAACAUGUUGUCGUGGUCAAGAAAGUGAACAACAUGAAGGAAUGCAGAUAGACGUAAGUGAACAGGGGAUAGUUAAUCGCUCAGUCAGCUCUGUUUCAGUAAAUCUAAGUACAGGUUCCAUCUGCCCCAACUCAAAAGUAGAUGAGAGCAUAUUGGUGCCAUCCAAAAUUGUGCCAGUUGAGAAGGAAGGCUACAGAAGCAGAUCAGAUUGUUGUCAGGCUGAGGAUGCUGCAGAUAUACCUGAGAAUAUGCUGAGCUGUUCCAGUGAACAGGAGAUGGCUACACUUCCCAUUGACUCCGCAAUAGUUAAUGAAAAUCUGAACUCUACAUCCUCUGACUUGGGAGAACCAGGAACUCCGAAAUGUGGCAAGGUUUCAGUGAAUCUAGGGACUACAGAUGCAUUAGAACUAACAAAUGAAAAUAUGACUCCACAGUUUGGAGCUGUUAGAGGUUCAGAAGAAAGUACAGUCAGGAGAUUACGAAGUGGCAACGUCUUUGGCACGCCAAGUGGUGGGCCAGUGAAGAGGCGCUACAAGAAGAAAAAUAUCCAGCAUGAAGCAUCUGGUAAAAUGAUGGCACCUAAUGAAGGGGGCACAUCCAUUACAUAUCUGACUUCUCAUGAAAAUCCUACAAGCGCAUUGGUGGAGAGAAGUUCUGGAGAUAAAGUUUUGCACGGUACUCCUAGAUCAAGAAUAACUAAAACUCCACUUUCAUAUGUGCACCACUUUCCACUUACUUGCAGUAAGUCGAAGGCAUUGUCUGCUGCCACUCCUGAAUCUGUCAAAAUGAAAUGAUCCAGAUCAGUGCUGAUAGUUCCACGACUGGAUUCAGGAUCCCAAAACAUUACCUAUGACCCGGAUGGUUGUAUUUGUGGGAUAACCAAAUUGGAUGCGCAAUUCCCUCAAGCAGGGAUCAGUUCGGAGCCUCCUUCUAAGAGGAGAAUGUCUCGGCGUUUGUCACCAGAUCUCAACAGACUUCUUACAUUCUAGUGAUGUUUUAUUGAUGAAAUGUUGCUGCUAGCAUCUUGUAGGUUGCCAGUCUGUGAUAACUAUGGAACCACCCCUGCUGCAGGUGGAUUGCGUGUCUGUCAUGUUUACCGGUUUCUUCUGGUGUCACUGCUCGAUGUACCUGUUUACCUGUAAAAGGCUUAGGUGCCCAUUGUCAUGAAUAUUUGUAGGGUUUCUAGUAUGCAUUAUCAGCUUCUUUUUUUUCAAAAAAUUUACCGGUUUUGAAGAAACUGGAGCUCUCACUUCUAGUGCCUUACAAUGGAAGGUGGUAUUUUAAUCAAGGUGCGAAGGUGAAAAAUCA